UUACGCAACAGUGUGUAUGUACACACACAACAUUAUUUGUUUGAGGAUUAACUAUUCGGUCCGGUUAAAGUCCAAAUGAAAGCCAAAAGUAACCUCUUUUUGCAGAUUAAAUAGUGUGGAUUGUUAUAUAACAAUAAAUAAUGUAAUUAUACAAAUGAUUUUAUAAUUGAGAGGGAAAACAAGGUCCUCACAAACACUCUUAUAUCUUAUUAGCCUGACAGACAGUUGACAAAGGCGGAGACAAUAUACUUCAUUUUGCUAUGCAAACAAAAUUUAGUUAAAAGGUAAUGACAGUCUGUAAUUUGCAAACAGUGCGUGGUUUAAGAAAAAGGACAGCACCAGUCAACAUUGACCAGCCUUGAUAUCUGCAGGGGGUUAUGUGCAGGGUUCUUAGACGACGCAAAUCCCUGGAGUCCCUGCUGUCUUCGUGGAAACCUCCCUAACGACGAGACUCAUUGUGGCACAAGAGAGCACAACACAGUCUGUCCUCCACCAUGUGGAUGUGUAUUGCUGUUUUCCUGCUGUGGAUGAGGUCAGGAGGAUGCACAGAGAAGGCCAACACAUCAGACCUGAUAGAGUACACCGCUGCAGACUUCUAUGAGAAACUGCAUUCUGGAAAGAUGAUGUUCAUCUAUUUUGAGCAUCAAGUCUCUCCAACUAUCUCGCUCUUCUUGGUGGAGUUGGAGAAGUCUGCUGAUGCGCUGCAGGAUUAUGGAGUUCUGGUUGGCAAGGUCAGCUGCAAUAAGGAGCUGGUUCACACAUACUGCACAGAGGAAAGGGUGCACACAGCGUUUCUGUUCAGGGGUGGGAAGGAGUUCUUGGGUUUUGAUUUGGACACUGUGUUUGACGUCAACUCCAUAGUGUCUGAGGUCCUGUUUGCCAUUCUGCGUGAAGAGGUUAAAUACGUCCACACAGACACCGACCUGCUGGCCAUGGAGAAGGCAGUCAGAGGGAAUAAGGACAUCGUGCUGGGUUACGUCCGCAGUCUGGGGACACAAGAGCACAGAUCGAUGAUGGAGACGGCGUACGUGUACGGAUCCAAAUACCAGUUCAUCCUCAUAACUGGGGGCCCAGUUCUGAAGCACUUGGGUGUCAAUGAGGUGUCUCACUCGUCCCGAGUGUGGUUUCUCCACUGUCGAGUUCACAGUGGCUUCACAACCAUGAUGUCCUCUGAGCGCUGUCCGCUGACCCGUAUGAGAAAACCCCUGUCCACCCUCAGCCUGCACUCCUUCCUGCAGCUCAUGGAGGCUCCACUGGUGUCUGAGGUUUACGACGACCCCUCUUCAGUCCAGCUCCCUCAGUUCCCCUACCAGCAAACCCCCCAGGUCUUCCUGUUCUCUCGUCCUGAUACCAAGCACCUAGACCUGGACACAGCCGUCACUCUGGCCUGGAGGCUCCGGGGCCUCGCUCUGCUGGUGCUCGUACACAGGCAGAGUCCUGCAGUGAAAACACCCGAUGAAUACAAUGCUGCUUACAGACUGCCUGAGAAGAGUUCAGAGGUGAAGUAUUUGACCUUACAAGACCUCGAUGAGGUGUUAGAGCUCUUCAAAAAUCAAGAUAAAGAGGAUGAGGGGGUGGUGGAGGACGAGGGGGAGGAUUCAGUUUUUGGCUUCAGGCUUGAUGAUGAAAUUGCAAUGUCUGUCUACGAAAACCGAGACAAAUUGCUGGAUAUGGACUUGAUUACCCAACUCACCUCUGAAAACUUCCACAGUGCAGUAGCUCAAAGUAGCCACACGGUGGUGCUCUUCUACCUCAAAUGGGAUGCUGUUUCAAUGUCGAUUCUCAGCUCCUUCAUUGAAGUUGCAGAGAUACUUGAAGAUUCGGACGUCCAGAUGAGUGCGGUGGACUGUGGAGAGUGGACCGACCUCUGUGCUGCUCAGACGGGCAGCUCCCUCCCGUUCCAGCCAAUCACAGCCUUCCCCAGCAUCCUGCUGCUCCGACCCCAGGAGCCGGCCCAGCACUACAGAGGCAUGCUGGGUCGUGAGGCGCUGCAUCGCUUCAUCUUGCUGAGCCAGCUAGCAUCUCCUGUGCUACUGUCCACUCGAGAAGAAGCGAUAUCGUUCCUUCAAGAAGCGCCGCGGCCUGACCUAGCUGUGUAUAAGCUUGACAGAGUGCUGGGACUGUUCAAGACUCAAACACAUGCAGGUGUACCGGUGUUUACUGAAGCUGCACAGUCACUGAGAGGAGAAGUGCUGACUGCACUGCUGACUGAUGAGCAGGCUGAGAAAUGGGUGGCAGAGCACACCGUUGACCUUCCUGCAGUGUUGGUGUUUCCAUCUUGGAGGACACAUACUCAUCCCUCCAUACUGUCUGUGUCUACCUCUGCUGAGGAGCUGCUCUCACACAUAAACACUGCACUGCUGCAUCCGCUGCCUGAGCUGACGGUGGAGAACCUGCCGUCCUUCCUCGCCCUGGGGAAAGCCCUCCUCCUCCUCUUUGUGGGAGAGGAAGAGGACGAGAUCGGGCAGAGGCAGAACCAGGCGCUGGUGGAGGAGAUUAGAGGAGUGUUGGAGUUGGGAGGGGGGAGGAUGGAGCCAUACCUGACCUGCUGGAUCCACCUUGGGCGUACUCCAGUGGGUAUGUCUGUCCUGGGGUCAUAUCUGGGCUCAAUGCCCCCCCUCCCUGCUCUGGUCCUCACACAUUUGCCCUCUGGAGGUGAGAUCUAUCAGUACCCCCCCAACACGCCCAUAGUGGCCUCGUCUGUCCUGCAGUGGCUGCAGAGGAUCGAAGAAGGGACUGAAUCAGCAGCAGGGAUGUUGGGUGGGGAAAGCUGGCCUCCCCCUGCCGAGUUCUACGACUUCCUAAAACUCAUGGACACGCAGGAAUUGGACUCCGCUCAGCAGCAAACUCCUGAAGAGGAAGAGGAAGAGGUGGAUGAGGAAGAGGUGAAUAUAGAUGAACAUGUGAUGUUAAAAGAAGCGCCAGAUUCUUCCUCCAGCUCCCCGACUUCUGACAGUAACACAAACACUCACUCUGAACUAUAACAGAAGGGAUAGGUGGGAAAUUACACUAGGCCAUUGAUUAAACAAGUUCCUUUAUUGAU